GAAGUAACACCGACAAUACCAGUGUCACCCCUACCGGGCCAGUAACACGUCAACAUUUGAUGUUCCAAUCUGACCUACAAGAUUCGGUCAGCACGGAUUUGACAGACUGAUGUGAUGGCAUUGCGAGCAUGUGGAUUCAUCAUAUUCCGCCGUCUGGCUCAGCGUUCUCCCCCUGAUAACAUUGAAUACCUUCUCUUGCAAACUUCUUACGGUGAACACCACUGGACCCCACCUAAAGGCCACGUUGAUCCGGGGGAGGAUGACUUGACAACCGCGCUGCGGGAGACACGAGAAGAGGCCGGCUUAGGUGCAGAGCAUCUUCGUGUGGUGGAUGGUUUCCUGCAGGAACUGCGUUAUCAAGUUAGGGGUAAGGACAAAGAGGUUCUCUAUUGGCUGGCCGAGCUCCGAGACCCCAACGUGGCUGUGACUUUGUCAGAGGAACAUCAGGACUACCGAUGGGUCAAACUGGAGGAAGCAUGCAGACUGGCAAAGUAUAAAGAUAUGCAGGACACUCUUCAAGCAGCACAAAAUUAUCUGGAAACAAAGGAAGGGGCACAGUGACCACAGUCUGCUGCUGUUUUGGCAAUGUCUGCUAACUCCAAUCUUGCAACUUCGGUCAUUUGUCAAAUGGAUAUGGUAAAAAAUCAUGAGGGAGAAGCUCAAGUCAUUUGACACAACAGGCGGGCACAGUGCUAUACUGUGCUGUUAAGGUCCCAGUGAUCUUUGUCUUUUUACAGCCAAGUGCUUUGUCAAUAUUUCACUAUUUUUCAAAUCAAUAGGAUACAAAGGAAAAAAAAAACACACCUACUGUGCAACCUUUAUCUUCUUGCACCAUUUUAUUUUAAUCUUUAAUCUUUACUGUUCCUUUCUCCAUCUUUGUUUGGACAGACUGCACUAAAUUGGAAUAGUUUAUAUUUCUUUGUACAAACUUAUGCUUAGUACUGUAUGAAUACAAAAAUAUGGCUAAUAACAUUUAUCCUGAAACUUGAAUGGCAGUGCUGAAACUAAUACAUUUAAGGUGAAGUUCAGUCUUUGAUCAAAUGUUUGCCCAUGUUAACAUACAGGCUCACUGUAACCCUCACUUUUAUUCUUGGUACCUAAUAUAUCCUUUUUUUUUUCCUUACACCAGUUACAUAGUUUGUUGUAUUUUUUUCAGUAAAACAUCCAGAGUUCAUUACAAACCGAAUGUUCACAAAAACACACUUGAUUUACUGUGCCACUAACAAUAGUUUGCAAUGUUGAUGGCACACAUCCAAACAAAUGAUGGUUAAAAUGUCAAAUGGAUGAAAGAAAAAAGACUUACUCCUUUCCAGUGGAGUCUUUUAUUUAUCUCGAUACUGUUCUCACUGGUUCUUAGUGGAGGCGUGACAAUGCAGCAACUUUCAUUAUUGGCCUUCAAGAUAGGAUGGAAAACUAUUUUGACUUGGUCAGCCUGAGUAAGUUGCAUAACGAUACAUUUAUGGGAUUUCAAAAUGUAAACUACAAAAAACAUGAGUAGAUUUUGGUCUACUUAAAUUACUUAAGCAGAAAAUUGCAUCGAUAGUUUGAUAUCAUGGAGGCAAUAGUCAACAUGGGCCAAAAUGUUAAGAAGGAUGAACUUCCCCCUAAUGCCAUAUUGAAUACACAAUAAAGUACAGCAUGUUUUUCAUGCAGAGUGCCGGAAAGUCAAAUUAAGUACUCGUCUUUCCCUUUCAGACAUUACGGUUAUUUGUGUCACUGCUCAGUGGU